GAAGCCACACUUCAAAGUUCAUAAAGCAGAUCGUCUGUCAGUCACCACAUAGCGGGCUCCAGCAAGUUGCUUUUUAAAUGGCCAUCACCACUAACCUCGUAUUUUCCUGCGUUGUGUUGUCUGCAUUUGUCUCUGAACAUUACGCAUUGGACUUCAACGAUGAUAGGCAACCGAGCAUGCAUAUAUUCCACCACUCCUGUGCCUUGAAGAGGGAUGAGGGGCCCUGCAAGGCCAUCAUUGAGCGAUACUACUUCAACAUCGACACAGGCUUCUGUGAGAGCUUUGACUAUGGUGGAUGUCAUGGCAAUGACAACAAUUUUAGGACCCUUGAAGACUGUGAAAAUAUGUGCAUAGUGAACGAGGAGAAGAGCCCCUGCUACCUCACGGACGAACCGGGGCCUUGCCGAGGCCUGGUCCCCCGCUACUUCUACGAGCGCCAAAGCCAGAAGUGCAAGCGCUUCUUCUACGGGGGCUGCUUCGGGAAUGCCAACAACUUCAGGACCAUGAAAGAGUGCGAGGCGAAAUGUCAGCAAAGAGUCAUUCAGACUGACAUAGAUGCUCCAAAGCCCACCAAACACAGCCAGGAGAUUCCCAUACCAGCGGAUGUUGUCACACAGCCUCCUUUGGAAGAGGUGCACACAAAGGCACCCAAAUUGGAAGCUGUGGAUGUUGUUACAGAAGCUCCUGUGGCUGAUGCCCAUAAUGAGUCUCACAAGCUGGAACCUGUAGAUGUGGUCACCGCGGCCCCAGCGCUCCCAGUGGAGGACAUGCUCGUCCUGCGGCAGAUCCAGGAGGCAGCAGAGCUCAACAUCCCCCAUUUCUGCCUGAUGUCCAUUGACCGGGGCACCUGCGAUGGCAUGGAGAAAAGGUACACCUACAACCCUAAGAAGAAGAGGUGCCAGCUGUUCCGUUACAGCGGCUGCGGAGGGAACAAGAACAACUUUGUACACAAACGUCACUGCAUGAAGAUGUGCAUGAAAGGCCACAGUAAUUUGAGGGUCAUUCGGAUCAAGAAGAAGAACUCUCAUAUCUUACAUCCUGCUGACUGAGCCUGUGGACCGGCCCUACUGUAUAUGAUACAAGACAGCACUACCUUUUAAUCCAGAGAAGCUAUUUAUAUCAGUAUAUUUGGGGUCUUCUGUAGUCACUUCCGACGAAGUCUCCUAAUCUUACAUCAUAGCCUCACAUAAAUUUGUAUAAACAACUUAUUUUUCUAUUCUUUGUAUUUCAAUUGUUAUGUGUAUUCCUCUACUUAUUAUGCACUAAAUUGUCUGUAUUUGAAUAUGUUUUUAAUUAAAGUUUUUUUUUCUGAAAA